AUGCAAAGUGAAGGGACUGAAGUCAUGAGGAAACGCAAGAAAACAGCUGUGGAGGAGAAUGAAUUGGUGGUGGCCGAUGAAGCUUUUGUAGGAAUUGCAGGGGAAGAAACUGAGACAAAUGCUGUUGGGUCUGAGCAGAUGGAUCUUGACAUCACUCACAUUCUUGAAAAGAUCGAGCGCUUUACUCAGCUGGUAGAUGUGCUCAAUGAUGUACCUUAUGCGAUUGAGCAUGGGAAGUCACUCCUGAAAGAAUUGAGUAUUGAAUUUGAGGAACGGAUGAUUUUAAUACAUAAGGAACAGAUGGAAAAAUGGCAGGAUGAUAUCAAGGAAUUGCGCUUGCUUGAUGCCUCAAAUGAGGAGAUCAAUGCUCUUUUGCACAAUGCUAGAUUUCUACUUCAGCACGUUCAUAGCGACACCUGA